UUGUUUUGCACAGAACCCAUGGAACAUUCCUUGGAUAACGGAGAUGGUCCCCCGAUUCCUCCAGUGAAGUAUUGCACUCCUGAAUUUUAUCAUGAUCAUCAGCACUUGGCAUAUAAACUGAUAUCAGAGCCCCGAGGUUUAGCACUUAUUCUCAGCAAUGUCCAUUUCAGCAGUGAGAAGGACCUGGAGUAUCGUGCAGGGGGUGAUGUGGACUGUACUUCCCUGGAGAUGCUUUUCAAGCAUCUCGGAUAUCAAGUUACUGUCUUGAAUGAUCAGACUGCACAGGAGAUGCAGAAUGCAUUGGAGAGAUUCUCUAAGCUGCCAGAUCAUCGGGAUGUGGAUUCCUGUAUUGUAGCUUUACUUUCCCACGGUGUGGAGGGUGGAGUUUAUGGCAGUGAUGGCAAACUACUACAGUUGCAGGAGGCUUUCCGGCUCUUUGAUAAUGCAAACUGUCCAAAUCUCCAGAAUAAGCCCAAAAUGUUCUUUAUUCAGGCCUGCCGGGGAG